AUGGCUAGCGACACUCCAGACGUUCGAGUUGACGAUUCUCUCGAUGCCAACUUGUCUCGCCCCGGCGCAGACAUCUCCGAUUACCUGUUACCCCAUGCAGACGUCGCCAGCGAGCUGGAAGAGGACACCGGCGCCGACAAAGACGAUGACCCUAUCAGCUCCUACAAGUCUACCUCUGUCGCCGCAAGAAAGCUCAGGUGGUUAAUGUCGGAACAUCACAAACCGGGAGGGGAUUACCACAGCGACUAUCUGUACCUAAAGCUCGUAUCGGUCAGCCAGAUAAGAUCGAUACUGAACAGCAGCCUGCUGAUGGCCAGCAACAUACAUUACCGUCUCGAUAACGCGCGUAUGCUUGGCUAUCACCAAUCUGAAGACCUGGAGCUUGCGGAGCGCGAGACGCAGACCGGCAUAUCGAUGCUGCGGGACCAUGCCUUGUUCAUGUUUAACUUCAUCGAUGACAGCCACGUUGAGCUCUUCGACACGGACGACCGUACAUACAAACUGCUGCCCGACGCGCUCCGCCGAUACCGAGAUCGGUUGAUGCCCGGGGUCGACAGCCAAGCCAGGAUUACCACGGACGAAGUGCAGCGGCGCCUGGACGAAUUGGCGCCUGGCGCUGACGAUGGACCUCUCACGUUUGGCCCAGAAGUGAUGACACCACUGUGCAAUGCGCUCACGCCCUGGCUUGAUAGGUUCAGACCGGGUCAGCAGGUCGAGGAUGCUGCUCAAACACCAGCAGGGUCGGUGGACAGCGGCGGAGGAGACGGCUUGGUGGCUGUCAGUGGCGCGGCAGAGGACAACCACGCCUCCCAUCACACGCCCAGCACGAUCUGGCUUACGAGCCAGGUCAUGCUCCAGAGACUGACAGUACCUCAACAGCGCGCAAUGGUUGUGCUGCUGCCAACGGCGGUGAUGUGGGCGCGACAAAGAUCCCCAACAUUUGAUGACAACUGCCACCUCUUGUGCUGGGAUGACUGGGAGCGCGCAAUCGCCUGGCACGCCGAUGCGCAGACCCCAGGUGCCAGUAAGGCAAUGACCCAGCCGGGAGAAAAAGCAGCUUCGCUGAAUGAUGCGGCGUUGGCUACGCUGAUGACGCUGGACCUGGUGCGAAUCAAGACCCAAUAG